GCUCCUCGCACGGAUUCCCGCAGUUCUGUGAGGGGAGAUCUGCUCCUCCGGGUGCCUGCUGUGUGCUCUGCUCUGAGGAGGCCGGGUCGUCUCAGGAGCCGAAUAUAAACCCCCCUUUGUUGGGGAGACGUUGACUUGACUGAGCCGCAUGAUCGGUCAGGUGACAAAAUUGGGCACAAAAGCGGAGGAGAAUGAGAGCUGGGUGAGGGCGUUAGCGGCUGAUCUUGCCUCUUGACAGGCUGUGUUACUCCUCAGGGAAAAAUGAGCGCCUGGCCCCGUCCUCUGCUGUGGAGCUUAACCAUGGUGUGUUUAACAGGCAGUUCUCACACCCGUGAGUCAGACCUCCUGGACACUGGCAUCUACUUAUUUGUGGCCUCAUGGACCCACUAAUUUAUUUCCUCGGUAUUGCUUUAGGCCAGACAACCAGCACUGAGGUCCCAGUUGCAUCCACCCCAGCACCUCCCAGUGCAACCAGCGCCGAGGUUCCCAUUGCUUCAACCCCAGCACCUCCCAGUGCAACCACUGCUGCAGCCUCUGCUCCCCCAUCUGCUCCUGCAACGCUCUCAGCUGGACUCACCCCAACCACUGCAAACCCUGCUGCACCCACAGCAGCUCCAUCUGCUGAUCCAAGCACAAAAACCCCUGCCCAGACUCUGCCCCCCACCACGGGGACCGUUCCCACCUCUGGCAGCAGGGCCACCGCUCAGGCAUCUACAGCACUGACAGCCGCACCCAGCAGUGCCCCAGCGUCCCCUCCAGGGGUGACCACAUCCUCUGGGGUCCCAUCAUCAGCCCUGCUCCCCAGCACCCCUCAGCCCUCCAACUGCAGCAGAGUGAAUGUGACAGCCUGUGCCCGCUGCCCCCCAGGGACUGUCCCCACCCAAGGCACCUUGAGCUGCUCGUGCUGCGCGGAGGGCUGGUGCACAGACCCCAGUGCCUGCAGCCCCUGCCCACCAGGCCACUACCAGCCCCAAAGUGGGCAGCCAUCCUGCCUGCCCUGCCCACAGGGGUAUUACACCAGCUUCCCAAGGAGCACUGUGUGUCUUCCCUGCCCACCAGGACAUUUUGCUAAUGAGUCUGGGGCUGCAGCCUGCAGAGCCUGUGAGCGAGGCUAUUUUAGCUCCGAGCAAAAUGCAGCUUUUUGUCUGCCUUGCCAGCCAGGAUCGUUUUGCAACACCACCAGCUGCUCGGCCUGUCAGUCCUGCGCCGGGGGACAGGAGGCUCCUCAGGAGGCGUCGGAGGGGUGCGAGUCCUGCAAGCCAGGUACAUUCAAAGGUCCCAGCGACAGCAGAUGCAAGGCCUGCAGGACAGGAGAGUACCAACUACAGCGGGGCAAGGAGAGCUGUGACCCGUGCCCAGAAAACCACUACUGCCCUAGCCCAGAUGUGAGCCCAGUCAAGUGCCCUUCUGAUGCCUUCUGCCCCAGGGGCAGCGUGGAGCCCACCUACUGCAUGGAGCUCUUCCUGUACAAGGCCGGGGACUCCUGCCAGCUGACCCCUGCCACGGUCAUUGUCCUGGCCACCUUCUCAGCAGGUGGAAUCCUUGUUGUAUUUCUGAUAAUCCUGAGAAGGCGGCAAGAGCAUGGCAAGAGAUCCUUGAAGUGGCUGUUGCUGCCCCAGGGCUCGGGAGGACACCCCACGUACGGGGGCACGGAACACACAGAGCCAGUCUAUGCUGGCUGGUAGCACAGGCCAUGGCCAGCAGCCCCCUGCCUCUCCUUCCCCUGGGCCAGCACAGAUGUGGGCAAGGUGUUUAACCACGAGCAACCUAUUUCUGUACAGCUAAAAUCAGUACUGGGAAAUAAAACUCAGUUUUUGA